CUGCGUCGUCCCUGAAGGGCUGAUGCAGAGCAGGAAGGAGGAGGAGCGCACGCAGAUUCAGCACCACCUCAACCAGAUCAGCAUGCAGAUGAACAUGGAGGACGAGCCAGCUCCGUACAUCAUCCCUGCCGGCGACGGGGCCGCCGUCGGCAUGCAGCAGUCCGUCCUAGCCGAACUCGAUUUCCUCCCCUCACACCACACCGGUGGCUGCAGCUUUCCCUCCUCAUCCUCCACCUCCUCCUCGUUCCGUUCGGCCUCGCUCUCUUGCAGCCCGGAGAACUCCUCGGCGCACGCCCUCGCGACGCCCGCCGCCGGCCUGCAGUUCCCGGAGGUCUCCUCGCAUGUACCGCCGCUGGUGCUCCCAUGUGACGAUGACUACCACCAGUACGUCCUGAACUUCCACGACACGGCCGCAAUGGAGCCUGCCGUGGUGCCGGCAAGCGCGUUCAGCCGCUACGCGCGGCACCUCGGCGCGAGGCGGAGGCCGAAGCCGGCAUGCGGGCAGAAGAUGUUCAAGAAAUCCAUGUCCGUCCUGGUCAAGAUGCAAACGGCGGUGAGGUACAGCCACCAGCAGCACCACUUCCAGCAAGCGUCGGCGGUGGCCGAGCUGUCGUCGGUGAACCAGCUGCAGCACAUGAUCUCCGAGCGCAAGCGCCGGGAGAAACUCAACGACAGCUUCCAGGCUCUCAAGACCGUCCUUCCUCCCGGCUCCAAGAAAGACAAGACGUCGAUACUGAUCACCGCGAGGGAGUACGUGAAGUCCCUCAAGUCCAAGGUCUGCGACCUCGAGGAGAAGAACAAGGCGCUCCAGGCGCAGCUGGCCGAGUGUGCCCGCGCCGCCGGCCGGGUCGAAGAAGACGACGCCGAGAAGGUCGAAAUCCAAAUAACCAGAGCGGCGGCGGAUCGGGAAGAUGGGACGACAACGAGUGAGGUUUGCACGGUGAAGAUAGCAGCGAGGCCGGCGCAUGGCAACACGAUGGACGUGGUGCUCAGGACGCUGCAGUGCCUCAAUGACCAGAUGGGGGAAGAGGACGUCAGCCUGGUGGCCAUGAGCACCAGCUAUGGCGACGGCGUCAACGGCCUCACCGGAGCAUUCCUGACGAUGCAGCUCAAAUCAGCGUCCGGCGCCAAGUGGGAGGAGGAGGUGGUCAGGGAAGCCGUGGCGAAGGCCGUCGCGGCCCGCACGGGCGCCGACCGCCGUGGCGACGCCGCCGGCCGGUCUCGGCACGCCGAAUGA